AUGCCCGACCUCCUGGUGCAUAGACCGCACGGAGUACAAACACCGGCCGCCGCCGAAGCAGGCGCGAAGGCACCUGCACGUCCGGACCAGGCCAGAGGACUGAGGAGGAGGAAGAAGAGCCAGGAUCAUGGCCAGUCUCACGUGGUCCGACUUGCGCGGAGCGUAGGAAAUCUUGCUCUGACAUGGCGAGAUGGCCUCACAGCGUCGGAACGCGAGAAUAAGAGGAGGAAGGAGGAGCGGAAGCAGAUCCUCGCUGCCCGCAUGCAAAGCGCUCAAAGGGCCCAAGACUGGGAAGAAGCCGCGUGUGAGCUUGACGAACUCGAAGGCAACAAUGACUGGAAGCUCCACGACACGGUAGAUGACUGCGACUACGACCCGGGCCUGAUUCGCGCGAGUAUGGAAGCGUUAGAUGCGGCCCGAGAGAAUUGCGAUAUCAGCGCAAUGAUGUACCUGAUCCGCACUGCGUUGUCCCGUGACAUAGGGGGCAUGGGAAACGUCCAACUCUAUCGCAACUCGUACCUCGGGACAAAGGCGCUUAUUGAGUGCUACGUCGACUCGGCGGUCAAAACCGUUGAUGCGGCGGUAAACAUGGCGGUCCAAACCGAGCUCCACCCAAGAGAGCUGCUGGAGGGGAUGAUAGCGGCGAGACAGAGCUUCGGGCGGAGCGCUUUGCUGCUCAGCGGAGGGGCCACAUUCGGCAUGGCGCAUAUCGGGGUGCUCAAGACGCUGUACGAACAACAGCUGUUGCCCCGCAUCAUGUCAGGCGCAUCAGCCGGGUCCAUCGUUUGCGCCGUUCUCUGCACGCGCAAGGACGAUGAGGUUCCCGAUUUGAUCAGGAUGUUCCCCUUCGGUGACUUGGGCGUCUUUGAGGGGGAGAAGGAGUCGCUUAUGGACCACAUGCGCAACCUGCUUACUACUGGUAGCUGGUCCGACAUCACGAAUUUGACCCGGGUCAUGCGCUCUUUGUUGGGCGACGUGACGUUUCAGGAGGCGUACAACCGGACGCGGCGGAUUUGCAACAUAUGCGUCUCUUCGGCAUCCAUCUACGACGUCCCACGGUUACUCAACUACAUCACUGCGCCAAAUGUUAUCAUAUGGUCAGCCGUUGCCGCCUCGUGCUCGGUGCCCAUGAUUUUCCAGGGCCAUCCCUUGUUGAUGAAGGACCCGGAUACCGGCGCCCACGCACCGUGGAUUCCUACACCGCAACAAUUCAUCGACGGAUCUGUCGAGAACGACCUUCCGAUGACCCGUCUUGCCGAAAUGUUCAACGUCAACCAUUUCAUCGUUUCGCAAGUUAACCCUCACGUUAUUCCUUUCCUCCCUCGGGACGAGCAUGUCGUGCCGGGGCAACUCGGCGAAAAGAAGAAAUCGAUUGCCGAUAACCACGAAUGGCUCUAUAACGCCGCCUCGGUCGCGCGGGAGGAGGGCGCCCACCGCAUGCAGUACCUUGCGGACUUGGGCAUCUUCCCAAACCUCCUCACAAAGCUGCUAUCGGUCAUGAGUCAGAAGUACUCGGGUGAUAUCAACAUCCUGCCCGAAAUCGCGCUAAGCGACAUCCCGCUCAUGCUCAAGAACCCCACUCCCAGUUUCAUGCUGCGAAAUUGUCUGGUCGGCGAACGCGCGACCUGGCCUAAGCUUAGUCGGAUCCGUGACCGCCUCGCUAUCGAACUCGCCUUGGACCAGGCUGUUCAUGACUUGCGCGCCCGUGUCGUCUUCAGCCGCAGUCAAGUCAACCUACGCCGCGCCAUGGGGGUUUGGGAGCCCAUGACCUACCGCCACCCCGGCGCUCCCGACUCACCCAGGGCAGAUUCCUCAGGCGCUUUCCUCAGCGUACAGCACAGCUCCGGCGAGGCCACACCGUCGGAGGAGCGGUCCUUUGGACGCCGCAGGGGCUCGGGGGCGAGUAUCCAACUCGUGGCUGCCCGGCACAAGAAACCCUUCUUUCACGUUAGUAACGAUGACGACAUGUCAGAUGAAGACGAUAGUCUCGAAUUCCGGGUCCGUCCUUCGCGGGCGAAGGCGGCGUCGACGGUGACAUCCCUGACGGCAGGUCGUGGUGGGAGCAGCUCCGCAUCGGGAUCCGGAAAUGGCGGUCUUCGGCCCCCGCGCCUUAAGAGGAACGCGAAGAGCCAAGGAUUUAUGCGUGGUGGUAGACCCGUCUCUCAACCCGAGGUUUACACCGAGUUUGGCCCGCGAGGGCCCUUGCUUCCGACAGAUCUACAGGCCGGUGACCAACUUACUGAUCUAGUUUCCGGCUUCACGCAGGGUGACGCUGAGGCAGGAUUAAACGACAGCUCCGCCACAACAGCAACGGCCGUGGAAGGAGGAGAUGGGAGCACCAGCAGCGACCGCCCGUCCUCUGCAGAGGCAAAGUUGAUGAGCAGCGAUACGUGUGAUCAGAUGUCAGAGGGCUUGCAGAGCCCGAGUGAUACGGACCCGUAUGCCGAGGCGGCGGAGUUUGGGCAUUCUCAUGGAUCCAAGACGUUGAAGAGAGAGGAAUCGUCUAAGUUGCGGUACUCGGACCCUUGA